UUCUACAAUUAAAUUCAUUACGAAUGACAUUAUAAACCUAUCAAUAUAAAUGACACAACAGAUGCAUCAGAGAGUUUCUGUCAAAUACGAAAACUAUUCAAACCGAAAAAAAUACUCGUGAAGAAGAAAGAGACUUGGCAAUAUGGUAAAAAAAAAGCCACGAUUAGAACGUGAUAAAAGACUGCUUCAAUUUACCGACCAUGAUGCUUAUUUGGACAGCUUCAUCACCAAACAGGACCGCUGCUUCCUACAGAACUUACACGUGUGUAGGAGGUUUUCGGAGCUAGGUUACCGAAAUUGGGAAGAAACCUUGUCCAAAGAAGCGUUCGAAAAGAGGUACGAUACAGUCAUGGACUAUGUGAAUCCAGAAUUUAUUCCUUAUGUACUUGUGAGCGAGAAGACUCUGUGUCCAGAUGAAAUACACAAGGAAUUGGCGAAAAGAGAACGGUCGAAUAGGUUGGGUAUAAUGUCCACCAUCAUACACAUCAGACACGAAACGGAAACUGGACACGAAGUUUCCGGAUAUAUAGAUUAUGGCGAACGUAUUGAAGGUGAAAAUUGGAGAAGUUUCUUCGAAGGAAGAAAACGAAUAUUUCCAAACAGCAAAGACCUUGGAUUUUACCACUGGAAAUAUGGAAAAUCACGCAGCAACGAUUCUGUCAAUUACAAAAUAUAUACAGACCCCUAUAAUGGCUUACGGUUUCAAAAUAGAUUCGACAGAAAAUUUAUAAAUGUAAAUCCUUUCGUACAUCCUGGUGAGAACACAGUAAGAGUAAGAGUGAAAUCUAAUUUAUAUAAGCAUGUUAUACUUUUUGACCAUCUAGUUCGUCAGAGAGUAUAAUUUUAUGGAAUAUAGAAUCAUAUACGAUAGAUAUCAAGCACAAAUGUACUCUAUUUAGUAAUAAUUAUAUCAUUUUAUAUUGUAAGAUAUUUCAAGAAAUAAAUAUAUUAUAUUUGAA